ACAAAGAUUCUGUUGAGGGCCGACCGGCUUUCAGCCAAUUCCGAAGUUCGGGCCAUGGGUAAUCUCUCGGUCUUCGAUUUCGCAAUCUUCGAAGGUCAGCUGGAAGUGAUUGAUGAAUUUGUAAGCGAAAUGGCAGAGGAAAACCUGGGAACGAAAAAUCACCAUGGUAACACGGUUCUUCACUAUGUCGCCUUGUGCUCUGCAAACACCGAGAUUGCCCAAAGAUUGAUCACAUAGGACAAGGAAUUACUUCCUAUUCAAAAUUGCGAAGGGGAUAUUCCACUUAAUUUUGCAUGUUUGGCAGGCCAUAAAGAUAUGACUCAAUAUCUAUACAGCAUGACCAGACCAAGAUUUCUAAUCGAAGAAGAAAACAAACGUCAGGCAGUGUUGGUCGUCCGUCACUGUAUUAGGAACAAAUUGUUUGAUGUUGCUUUGGAUCUGCUUCUUGAAUGUCCACAAUUAGCAUUUGCUGAGGUAGAUGGAAUGAAUGCUGUUUCAGUACUAUCCUCUCAACCUUCUGCAUUCCCUAGUGGCAAUCGGCUCUCUUUUUGGCAACGCUGGAUCUAUUCUUGUUUAAAGGUAAAAGCAUCAGAUUUAAAGAGAAAACAACCCACGAGUGAAGACGAAGUUCGUAUAAAUACUUAUCAAGUACAAGAUCAAAAAGAAAUGAAAAACUUCACAAUGCAAGUUGCAAGGCACACACUUGGAUUGUGGUCAAAUCUCUUAAAAUUCUUUGGAAUGAAGCACAUAUAUGAUUUAAAGCAGGCCCAUGUUCAUGCCCAUGUGCUUCUGCUUCUGAUGUCUGAGGAGAUAGCUAAAUUAGAUUUUGCAAAAGUCCAUGAAAAUUCCGUGCAUCAAGCAAUCAUGAACGCUGCUCAGCGAGGGAUGACGGAAUUCAUUGUCGAAAUCAUCAAACGUAAUCUAGAUUUAUUGGUGACUAAGGACGUGGACGAUAGAGACAUGUUCAAGAUUGCAGUUGCACAUCGACAAGAAAAAGUUUUUAACCUCAUAUAUGGGCUUGAUACUAAGAAGCAACUUUUUCUUCCUUUCGUUGAUAAGCUCGACAAUAGUAUGUUCCAUGUGGCAGGGAAACUAUCAUCCGAAUCUCAGGUUAAGCUUGAACAAAUCUCAGGACCAGCUCUGCAAAUGCAAAGAGAACUACAAUGGCUCAAGACAGCACACGAUUUCCUCAUAUCCUUACCCAACAAAUUGAUCAUUAGACUUUCCUCCCUCUUCAUUUCUAUUGCAGCAAUGAUGGUAGCUUUCUCCUCAACUGUCUUUAUCAUGAUAAAGGGCCAAUUAGAGAUUAUUAUUCCAAUCGUUGUGCUAGUUGGCUUUCCAAUCGGUCUCUUUGUAUGGUUGCAAUUUCCACUCCUUGCUAAGAUUUUUAUCUCAACUUAUGGACCAGGGAUCUUUGAUAGGAAAAUGAAGAAAUGGCUCUAGCUAACUAUAGAUAUAUAUUUAUAUAUGUUUUCCAAAGGACGUAUUGAAUUGUGAUUGUAAGUGACACUAAUUUUAUGUUUGGUUUCAAUUUUCAAGGACAUGUGUCAUGAGUCAACCUUGUAUAGGGCUAUGACAAGGUAGAAUUCCUUAGGAGACUAAGUCUUUUAUACCUCUAAGGGAGAUGUUCCCCUUUCAAACAUUGUAAUGGUUUUUGGUAACAUCGCUAGAAAUACUUGUUAAGUCUUUAUAGGAAAGACCCUUUAGAAAAGGAAUGUUCUUAUUUCAAGCAUUAUAAUGGUUAUUGGUGAAAUA